UCACGGGGUCGUGAGGGGUACGCAUUGCUCUCGUCGAUUGGCCGUGCCCGGGCCCGAGCGUGGUGACGCGCGAAAAGCACACGCCGCGUGAGAGCCCGGCCACACUGACAGCUCGCACGUCGUCGACAUUGCGGUUGGAUUUUUCUCACUGACGCGCGUUGCAAAAGUGUUGUGUGCUCGGUGAGAUGACGCCAACUUGUGAACCACGGUAAAUCGACUCUGGCAAUCGACGGUGACGGUACGGUUUAGCAGAGGGUGAUAGCAAGGACACCGGUGAGCGGUCACACGGCACGAUAACGGGAUCGGCGACGGGGGUGCGCUACUGUCACACACACGCAUUAAAAGUUGACGAGGCAGAAAUGGCACGGCGGGAGUCGCGGUGAGGAAAGGGCGAGGGUGAAGCCCUCGCAGGGAAAGGGAGCUAUGGUGAAAAGCUUGAGUUUCCUCGCCAGAAGGGCGCCACCUGCCAUCCACCUUUUCGUCGUUUUGCUCGCACUCGCUCCCGCUUACCACAGCGUGGACCUCUCCCAAUGCAUCGCACCGCUCGGCAUGGAGUCCGGGGCGAUCCUGGACGCGGAUAUCAACGCCAGUUCCAGCUUCGACAGGGAAAACGUCGGUCCCGCCCUGGCACGGUUGAAAUCGGAGCAUCUGGGCGGUGCCUGGUGUCCUAAGGACCAAAUCACCAGCGAAGCUCGAGAAUGGCUAGAGAUCGACCUUCAUACGAUCCACUUGAUCACGGCCAUCGCUACCCAAGGCCGGUUCGGAAACGGUAUGGGUGUUGAAUUCGCAGAGGCGUAUAUGCUGGAUUACUGGAGGCCGCGACUGGGCAAAUGGGUUCGAUAUAGAGACAUCAAAGGAAAGGAGGUAAUACAGGGUAACACGAACACGUAUUUGGAGUCCAAGCACGAGCUGGAGCGGCCUGUGUGGGCGAGCAAGAUCCGUUUUCUGCCCUACAGCCAUCACAGGCGGACGGUUUGCAUGCGGGUCGAGCUCUACGGGUGUUACUGGAGCGACGGCGUGGUGUCCUACUCGAUGCCCCAGGGCGAUAAAAGGGGCAACGGAUGGGAAUUCUUUGACGCGACCUACGACGGACACUGGGAUGGUGAAUUGCGCCGAGGCUUGGGUCAGCUGACGGACGGCAAAACGGGGCCUGAUAAUUUCAAAAUGGGAUACUAUAAUGAUAACGAUCGCGCCCAGGGUUGGGUAGGCUGGAGAAACGAUAGCCGCGGUCAGCCGGUCGAGAUCAAGUUCGAGUUCGACAAAGUCAGGGAAUUCUCCGCCGUUCACAUCUACUGCAAUAACCAAUUCACCAGAGACGUUCAGGUGUUUUCUCAAGUUGAUAUACUCUUCAGUAUUGGUGGAAAGUAUUACACAGGGGAACCUAUUACCUACACGUACAUGGAGGACAAGAUCUUCGAGACUUCUCGAAACAUCACGAUCAAGCUUCAUCAUCGAGUCGGAAAAUUCGUUAAGCUGAGACUCCAUUUCUCGGAUCGAUGGAUCAUGAUCAGCGAAGUAACCUUCGAUUCUGACAUAGCACAUGGCAAUUUUACGGCCGAGGAAACGCCGACAACCGAAUCACCAAUCCAAAGUGACGUCUUCGUCGAGAAAAAUGGUGCCGCAGAGGGCGAGCUUCCGGUUUCGACGGCGAAACAUGAUGAUCCCACUUUCAUGGCGAUCGUAAUCGGCGCGCUCGCCGCCGUCAUAAUUAUACUUGCUCUAGCGAUAUUUAUGAUUAUCUCGCGACACAGGCAACGCAAGUGUUUCGCCAGUCCGAUGACCGGUAAAGCUCCUUCUCAUCUAGGUUCCACCUGCGCCACCGUGGAGAAAGGCGCGGCUUUGAUGGCGUAUACCUUGGAAGACGACGAAAGAUACGCGGGAGGUUCUCUGCCGACUUUGCCACGCGACCUCGGCAAUCGUCUGCUGGACAUCGUGAAACUGGACGACUACCAAGAGCCGUAUCAGGCGCUAAAGUACGCGCCGUAUUACAGCUACAGCACCGUCGUUAUGGAGAUGAAAGACAUGAUGCUGAACAACAAGGCCACCAACAUCAAUCACUCAGCAGUGUACGCGAAUGGUGCAGUUGACACGUCGUACGAUUAUGCGGUACCGGAACUCGGCACGGUGCCCCUGCUCAAUCAGGAUGCCGGCGCCGGUCGCGGAACGACCAUCUCCAACGCCACUGGUGACCAGGACAGCCUCUUCUCCAAGAACUCGCGAACCACGAAGAGCGAAGACAAGAAGUCGCCGACUCAACAGGAGGUACUCUCGGCUCUGAAGAGACGUCUGGAGCAGACCAGCGUACCGCUCUUUCCACGGCACCGCCUUCGUAUGCUCUCCAAGCUCGCCGAAGGGGCGUUUGGAACGGUAUACGUGGCGGAAGCUGAAGGGAUUCCGGAAUAUGGAACGACCACUACCCUCGGCAAGCGACUCGUCGCCGUCAAGUUUUUACUACCGGAAGCCAGCGAGAAGGAAAAGUUAGACUUCCAAAGAGACGUGAGGAUUCUGGCUGCUCUGGAGGAUCGCAAUAUUGCUCGCGUUCUAGGCGCCUGUUAUCGCGAGGAACCAUACUGCGUGGUGAUGGAAUACCUGGAGCACGGGGAUCUCUGUCAGUUUCUCAAGACGCAUAUCACUGCCGAGGACGCACAUUCCAUGCCGAUUGGCGUCAAGACACUUAGUUUCAACUGUCUCAUCUACAUGGCAGCGCAGAUCGCGUCGGGCAUGCGGUAUCUGGAGAACCUGAACUUCGUUCACCGGGAUCUGGCUACUAGGAAUUGUCUGGUCGGGAAAGCUUAUCAUAUCAAAAUCUCGGACUUUGGUACGGAUAAUGAACUGUAUGCCUGCGACUACUACAAAGUUGAUGGAACUAUGCCGUUGCCAGUACGAUGGAUGGCUUGGGAGUCAAUAUUUCUGGGAAAAUACACGACCAAGAGCGACGUAUGGGCUUUCGCAGUGACUCUUUGGGAGAUCUUGAACCUUGGUAGGCGUGUCCCUUAUGAACACCUGUCCGACGAGGAGGUGGUGCAGAGCCUGCAGCAACUCCAUCAUGCCACUGAAUGCAGCAAUGACAAUCCUGAAGACAGUUGCAAGGAAGAUUCUGGGAAUGGCUUCGACUAUCUACCACGGCCCACUGCCUCGUCCAAGGACAUCUACGAUUUGAUGCUCGAGUGCUGGCGACGAGAGGAGAACGAGAGACCGACCUUCCGUGAAAUAUCGCUCUUUCUGCAACGGAAAAAUCUUGGAUACGCUCCAACAUCCUGAUAUUGAGCCCCCAACUUGAACGAGUACGACGUUCUUAAUAGUCAUCCCGCAAAUCGGGAACUAGUUCAGUUCUGCUAUGGAUCGGCGAUUGUGUAAUGACGGACAACUGCGAGGAUGAGUGAAUAAAUGAAAGAGGAAGGAUGAUGAGAGCGUGGCCGGGGAGCUGAUAUGUAACAUCGAAGUGAGUACAACGAUGGAAUUGUAUUGCCUGUCAACGAAACGGGGCUGGGAUUUGGACUUGACGGGUAUCGAUCGUCCUGCAAUUUCGUCUCGAUAUACCUUCUGGACAACGAGUAGUAGCGGGCAAGAAAUAAACGUUAGUAUAGGUAGAAGAGUAAGAGCGCGAGUCGAGUCUUGGAACUCUUUCAAUGCCGGGAUACGAAUCCGAGUUGUCGCUUGAAUACGACUGAUCUCUGAAAUUUUUAGUAGCGAAAGUGUCCGCGCGUGAAGAAGUAUCUUAUCGAUUUGUGGCACGUCGCGAAAGUACGGCGUCGGAUCUCAGCGUGUAUUCACGACGCCGGAUCACAACGUGCGAAAACAUCGUGCGACAAUCUGUACCCGAAAUAAGCGUAGAAAUGUCGAAUAAUAAAAAAGAGAGACAAAGACGGACGUGAAUCUGUGAGUACGACAAUCGGAAACUUGCCCGUCGUAGGUAGCUCCGCUCCGCGGAAACAAAUUUCGUACGCCGUUGGGGAAGGUAAAUUGUAAGAUCGCGAAACUGAGGAAGGUCCUCUCGUAGUCGUCGGGAGAUUAGGAGCAAUAUCGUAUAAUUGUAAUGCAGCUGUGAACAUUCCUACACGAAUGGACAUCUGUGGCGAUUGCGCAGAUUGUUAUUUUAGGGUUCCUUCGGAAUUAUAUCAUUUCGAUAAAGGAUUUCAUGAAAAAUCUGAAUCACAUCGACGGCAAUAUAGCAGCUACGAUUUUAGAUGCUACGGCAACUGUUCGCGUUAAUCGUAAAACAUUAUAACUGGGUGUAUCCGUGAACGUGUGGGUGAACGUAUUUCUCCCUCCUUCCAUCACUCUCUCUUUUGCUCUCUUUCAACGUAUACUGAUAUUGUGGAUCUAUUUGUGAAACGAAUCUACGUGUGAUUUGCAUCGCGGCGGAAUUCUUUAUCGUCAUGAGACAUAUCGCGAAAUGAUUAUCAUAUACUACGUACUAAUAUGUAGCAACGUUACGUCUGAUCACGUGGGGAAAUUAGCCAUCCUUUAAACGCUAGUUUUGUUUACACCUAAAUAUAAAUCCGUGCGACAUACCGGAGCAUUAAAUAGCUUGAAAUAGCGGUCGAACGACUGCGAAGAUUUCUCGAUAUUAAAUAUUUAUUCGGACGGUGUCAUUAUUACAAUCACAAGUUAACAGUUUGUAUGUGGAUGUGGAACUCGUUAAUAUCGUAACUAGACGAAUAUAUCAUAAGCCAUAAGCGCAAAUAAACGGAGGGUAAUGUUUUAUCUGUACUGCGUCGAAAGAAACAGUAAUAGAUUACCUAUCAUGACUAUGACACAUCAUAAUUGUAACUUAAUAUGAUAGGCGGGAUCAAUGAAAUUAGAAUAUUGUACAUAUAGACGUAUCGUAGUAAGGAACGUUAUUACUGCAUUUUUCGGAAAUGGUGGCUAAAGUUAGGCGGACGAGAAAAUCGAAUUGUCUCUGAAAUGGCAAUUGCUUGCAAUUUUGUAUUAAUGUGAAAUUGUUUAGCUUCCGAUAAAAUGUUCGUAUCUGAGGUAAUCGGAGGUGGACGAAAAGGUUCAACAUAUCUGGAAUGUUUUUUCUUAUAAAGUGAAGAGGAAGACGCGAAUGACAGAGGAGGACUAGUCGUAAUCACUCUUAAAUACUUCGAAGUUAAGAAUUGCUCGCGUACUCGAGUUUAAGUUCCACGUAUUUAUGUAAUAUCAGAUGAAUCGUAUCGUAACUUGAGCGAUAUUUAGCGGAUAGGCGAUGUUACCGUUAUAUCAUUAAAAUACUAUUUAUAUAAAUUAACGUAACGUACCGCGUAAGGAGUAGAUGAUACGGAAGUAUAGCCAUGCGUAGUUAAAAUACACGCGUUGAAUUUAAACGUAACUGGAAUUGCUUCUAUGUCACUGAAAAACGUGUAAGGCGAAGAGGUAAAGAGAAAAUUUGUUGUGGUCAAUGCGAGUUCGCAUGCACGAACGUUACGGGGUAAUAAAGAUAUAGGCAAUACCAAUUUUUCAUCUUGCCGGAAGUAGAUAGCGAUAGUCGAUCGACUACACGUUAAUUAAGCGUAAUUAAGUGCGUCAUUUACAUUUGCACAUAAGUAUCAGAUCGACAGACAUAUAAUUUCGUGCCGUCGCGAAACUUUGGCCAAUCGAUUUUUCGCACUGGUUGUGACUGAGUUGAAACAAUAAUACCUAUUAUCGAUACAUUUUUAGUCCAACGCAGACUGCCAUUACUUUUAGACGAGAAUAGAGAACGAAUUGUAGUUGCGUUUAGAUUCGCCAAUAUAAGCAUAACGCUGCCUUUGGCUAUAUUGUUGCCCCUUACUGCUAACGAGUAACUUACUUGUCUACUCAUGUGAUAAUUUAAUAUAUUUCUACGUACCUAUUUGUACCUAUCAAUUCGAAAAUCUCCAUAGCGAAAGGAUUAUUCCAGUAUACCUUCUUUCGUAAAUUACAUCACAAUUCAGAUAUAAAAUAUUUAAGUUCUCAUAAUAGAAACUUGACACAAGGUAUAACAACUGUUGAGGAACACGAUGGAUGCCUCAUUAGAAUUUAACUGCUUCACAUCGAAGAUGCAGCUGCUCUAGCUACGAAAUCCAUGUUGUUAAAUUGCACGUUAACGAAAUGAGAUAGUAAUGUGAAGUAGAAUGCAUAUGGAACAUACUUAAUCCUUUCUCUAUGUAAAUAUUCGCUAUUAUAAUCUAGAUCUUCUACCUAGCGUGCCCUUUUUCCAGUGAUGGUUAAUUAUAUCCUUUACGGACGUAAUUCGAGCUCUGCCAAUGGCAUCACCGAGAACUGUAACUGUCCAGAGUCACAAUAUAUGAGACAAGUAAUAAUCAUAUAUUUUGUUUGGCUAUUGUGAAAUACGAAAAAAUACGCUAGAUCAGUGUGAAGUAUCAUGUUUAAAAGCAUUAAGUAUUCAUACAAAUGUUGUUGAUUUCUUUAAUACAUAUUUUUAGACAUGUAUAAUCGACAAUCACGCUUGCCUCGGAAUUUAGGAAAUAUACUUAACACCAAUCGCAACUUUGCAAUUAACUAAAUUGGCAUUUUAUAAUCACUUCAGAUGCAUGAUCACGAUCUUCGUAAAACAAACUUGAUUCUAACCGGAAACAAGUUGGAAAUAAUUUGUGCAAACUAUUAAUUAUAUAUUUUCAGAUUACAUUCAAAUGUUACAACUCCAAUAAUAGUGAUGUUUUGUUAAAUACUAAUAUAUUUUCCCUAUCAAAUGAUCAUUCAAAUCAUAAAUGCUUAAUAUCAUGCACACGUAUGCUGUAUACGAUUAUUGUAUUUAAUUUAGAAAUUAUUUACAAGGAUAAUAAAAUGAGGAAAAUGUUAUUAUCGAAAUUGGAGAAAUAGUCAUUAUUCAAUAAUAAUUGUAUGGCUAAUGAACUGAAAGCUACGAAUAAACAAGUUAAAGAAAUAUAAUCUUAGAUUACACAUUUUAGUCAGAACAUAGAUUAUACAUUUAAAUCAGAAAAUUCAAUUUUAUUUUUUCAAAAAACGAUACUACAUGGAAAAAUGUCGAUUGAUAAUAUAAGAGCAAAUGUCGAGCAUUAAUUGCGUUGUACACAAAGUGGUAUCGUCACAAAUAAAAGUCACGGUAACGAAACAGAUGUACAAUUGUUGUGUGAAUAUUUAUUUUAUUGUAAGCACAUGCGGAAUAUGAUUUCGAUAUAUCUGAUUGUUGACCUCUAUGGUGGAAUUGCGAGGAGUCUACAGAUAAUUGUGAGAAAACUGGGGAGAGCUCAUCUAGUUGUAUUUUCUAUCUAGAUAGGGGCAACACACGAUUACGGUCAUAUCACACGGUUAUCACACUCGGCUACGGUUUGCAUUAUAGUUUUGGAUACUUUCUUUCUCAAAAUUAUCCGCGAAACUUUCGCGGAAUUGAAUCAAAGGAAUUUUAUUCAAUUUCUAGCAAAAGAGCUACAAUGAAACUGAUCAUCGGCCACAGUGAGUUGCCCAUAUCUGUUCUACGCUAUCGAACCUUGAUCGUUAUAGUCAUAAAAUUAUUUUGUACUAAGAACUGUUUAUAAUUUUGUAUCUAAUCUCUGUAAAUAUCAAGCAGAUUGUCUAUGAGUAAUAAAGCUUAAACAAACUCGAUUUAAGUAGACUAUAUAUGAACAAAAAACAAUAUAUAUAUAUAAAUAUAAGUAUUUAUAACAUACCUCUAUAUUUUAAAUAUAGUCGUAAGGCAGCGAUCGCAAUGAUCGGGAUGUAAGUAAAUUUCGCAUAAGCGUGAAUCGAUAACGUAACAAUGUACAACGAUCUAGGAAUUAUUUGUAUUAUAUAAUAUACAAAGAUGACAAUUAAGGGACAAAUCAUAAAAGUAUAUAUGUUACUUAUUAGUAUAUAUAUAUAUAGCCGUGUAUAUAUAUAUAAUGCAUCUAAAA